CCCAAACCCGACCUCGUGUCCCACAUGGAGCGAUGGGAAGAGCUGCAAGUCCCAGACCCCCAGUGCUCCAAGGAACAGGAGAUGCCAAGAGGCGCCCAAGAAGGUGCCGAGAUCCCGCGUAGAAGCAAGGAAGAGACUUUGCAGCAUGAAAGGGAAGCAGCCAGAUGCAAAGGGAAUGUGUCCUGUAGACCCAAGGGGGGCAAUGGCUGGGUGGAAGGGCAGCAGGAUCCCGGACCUCCGGGUUCCAUUUGCGUGAAGAGUGGCAUGAGCAAAGGGUCAGUGGGUGGCACCCGAAGCCCCAUCGCCUGCCCCAUGUGCGGGAAGGGCUUCAGCCGCAGGUCGAACCUCACGAAGCACCAGCGGGUCCACACGGGGGAGCGUCCCUUCUGCUGCACCCAGUGUGGGAAAUGCUUCACUCAGAGCUCCAACCUCUGCCGGCACCAGAGCCUCCAUGCAGCGGGUGAGGGGCCCUGGUGCUGCCCCGAGUGUGGGGAGAGCUUCACAGGGAGCGCGGGGCUGGCCAGGCACCGAAGAACACAUGCUGUAGGGGAGAGAUCCCACCACUGCCACCAAUGUGGGAAAGGCUUUGCUAGCCACUCACUUUUGAUCAUUCACCAGCGCAGCCACUCGGGGGAGCGGCCGUUCUCAUGUGCCCAGUGCGGGCGCAGCUUUGACCGCAGCUCCCUACUGGUGGAGCACCAGCGCACCCACACCGGGGAGCGCCCCUACCGCUGCCACCAGUGCAGCCAGGGCUUCACCCGCGCCACCCACCUCAGCCGGCACCAGCUAAUCCACCGUGGCGAGCGACCUCACGGCUGCCCCGAGUGUGGCCGGCGCUUCCGGCUCCGGGCUGCGUUAGUCAAGCACGUGCGGAGCCACACAGGGGAGCGACCUUACAAGUGUGCUGAGUGUGGGGCGGUCUUCGCCAGUGUCUCCUCCCUGGCCCGGCACCGCCGGAGCCACGCCGGUGAGAAGCCCCACCACUGCCCCGAUUGUGGCAAGAGAUUUGGGCAGAGCACUGCCUUCGCUGAGCACUGCCGCACCCACACUGGGGAGCGCCCCUACCGCUGCCUGGAGUGUGGCCGCGCCUUCGCUGGCAGCUCCAACUUCAUCCGGCACCAGAGAAUCCACACCGGGGAGCGGCCCUACCAGUGCCAGGACUGCGGCCGUACCUUCCGGGUCAGCUCCAACCUAGCCAGGCACCAGAGGACUCACCACCUUACUGAGUCCGAGAAGCCAUUCCGGUGCAGCGAGUGCGACAAGACCUUUGGGCAGAGCUCCCACCUGCUGCAGCACCAGAUCACACACACCGGGGACCGUCCCUACCAGUGCCCUGACUGCGGCAAGCGCUUCAGCUGGAGCUCAGCCCUGUGCCAGCACCAGCGCAUUCACCGGGGGGAACGCCCCUACCAGUGCGCUGACUGCGGCAAGCGCUUCGCCCAGAGCUCCAACCUGACCACGCACCGGCGCACCCACACAGGUGAGAAGCCCUACCGCUGCCCACAGUGCGGCCGCGGUUUCAGCCAGAAUGCCAACCUGCUGACCCACCAGCGGGUGCACGCAGGGGUCAAGCGCCACGAGUGCCCCCAGUGCGGACGGGUCUUCGUGGAGCGCUCGUCCCUGCUCAAGCACCAAGGUGUGCACUUGGCGGAGAAACCAUACCAGUGCCCCGAGUGUGGGCGCAGCUUCACACAGGGCUCCACACUGGCCCAGCACCUCCGCAUCCACACCGGUGAGAAACCAUACCAGUGCGGUGAGUGCGGGAAGUGCUUUGGGCAGAGCUCUGCCCUGGCCCAGCACCGCCGGGCCCACACAGGUGAGAGAUCCUACCAUUGCCACCAAUGCGGCAAGGCCUUCAGUCAGAGCUCCAACCUCAUCACUCACCAGGCCUCACACACUGGUGAGCGGCCUUACAAGUGCCCGGACUGCGGGCGCGCCUUUGGGCGCAGCGCCCAUCUGGUUACCCACCAGCGCACUCACACUGGGGAGCGACCCUACCACUGCCACCAAUGCGGCAAGGGCUUCAGCCAGAGCUCCACCUACAUCCAGCACCAGACCACCCACACCGGUGAGCGCCCGUACAAGUGCCCGCAGUGUGGCAAGGCCUUUAGCCAGAACUCCAACCUGCUCACCCACCAGCGCAUCCACACCGGUGAAAAACCUUACCGCUGCCACCAAUGCGGCAAGAGCUUCCGGCAGAGCUCAGGCUAUCUGCAGCACCAAAGGACCCACACAGCCUCGCAGCCCUCCACCACACCCACAUAAUGGUGCUCGCCGUGGGGACUAUGGGUCUAACAUCACACGCCUCCAAUGUUUGUGAUAACUCAGAGACAUGAUGGGAAUUACAAACCACAAUACAUUGCCCAGCCAACAGAGGGCAGCAGAGGAGUACACACAAUUGGACACGCACCUGCCUCUCCUGCUUGGGCUAAAACAGCGACACGGUGGACUCAUCGAUGGAUCUGGAUGGUUUUCCAUUUCAUGGGAAAUCCUGUGAUUUUUUUUGGGGGGGGGGAGGGGAGAAACAUCCAUUCCAAAACAGAAUGAAAAGAAACAAAUUCAAAACUUCCCCUAAAACAAAAUCCGUGGGAGGGAACAUCUAGUGUUGACCAAAACAAUUUGUUCUGGGUUAGAAUUUUUCAUUUUUUAUUAUAUAACAUAAUAUACCAUUUAAAAAUAUAUGUAAGACGCAAUUUAAAAAAUUGAAAGGCAACGUCAUUUGGAAAUGGGAAAUCAAAAUGUUCCGCUAAAGGUCAAAGUAUUUUGUUCCAGUUUUUUUCCUAAAUGAAAUUGAUGCAUUUCCACGCAAUGAAAUGGCAGUUUCUGAAGGAGAUAUAUGCCAUCAGAAAAGUUCCAACUGGCUCUUUUCAAUAGAGGUUAUACAUUGCCCAGCCAACACAACCUGUGGUUGCACCCAGUCAGACAUGCACCGGGAAUGUCAAACAGAUGUUCUUGUGCUGUAUUUUCCCACAAUCCACUUAGAAUUCACUCCUCAACUAGAUUCAUCUCUCUCGAUUUCUGAGGGGUCUUUAAUCUCACAGACAAAAGCAGAAAGAGAUCAGCUGGCUGGGAGCUUCCCCAGGCAGAAUUGCAUUGGGAGAGCAAAAACUUUUCAUCCAAUGGAAGGUUGAAAGGCUGGAAUCAAAACAUUUGAACUAUUCAGUCAUUGAGUUUGGGUCACUAGUAACAGUCUAUGUCUCGGAGAUCUCAGCUUGCAGAUGUAACAACACAAGGGGUAUAGUCUGCUAAACCAGAUUCCCAUCUGGCAUAAAUCAGGUAUAGUUCCAACAGAGUCAAUGGGGCCAGAUCCCUAGCUGGAGUAAGUUGGCCAUAGCUCCACUGGGGAGAUUGUGCCAGGCUGCUUGGAGAUUUGAACACUCACUGGGAUGUGAAGGAGGCUGUAAGUUAGAGUCACAUGUCCCUUAUGUGUGUUGUGGAUAACACAUUGGUUAACCUCUACCAUGCUCUGAGCCAUGGAGACUGUACUGAGAUGACUGGCUGUCAUGGAAAUGUUGUAUUCCUAAUAUUUGUACUUUUAAAAUUUGUUUUGUGAGGGUUGUUUUUUUCCUGGAACUUUCAAAUAAAUUGAAGGAAAAACUCAAAACAAAAUACCAGUUUUUCCAUAGCAUUGGCA